AUGGGUUUAGACGAGGCGCCGGCUGUAUACGUGCCUUCGCGGACCGGGAAGGCCUUGCUGCUGCACGAGGGCUACACGUUCUACCUGAAGAAUUUGCAGUCGUACGGUCGGAAGCAGUGGUACUGUUCCUCCAGGGAUAUGGCCGGGUGCAGAGCUGACGUCAUCACGGCCCCCUCAAAAACGGGACACGGUGAUAUCCUCUUCCUAGUCAGGGGGCGACAUAUACAUAGGCCUCCUAGCUACUAUUACACGCCCGACGGCAAGUAUGUUAGGCGUAAAGAUAUUUAUCAUCGCUAUAGGUAG